AUGAAUACCCAGGUGAUCGUAGCAUUUUGUCUAUUUGUUUUCGUCUUUGGGGUAUCAUGCGAAUCUACGUCGCUCGAACAAUCUAAUUCGUUACCCUUGACGUUCGUUUAUGCUGUCUAUCCGUUUUAUAAUACUGAAACGCUAUUACAAGUUUGGAAAAAUGAUGAAUCAGCCGAAGUUUACGCGAACGUAGUCACAGUGAAUCCUGGUGAGCAGGAAUUAACUGCUUUGAAUGCCGGUGGUACAAUCUCACGCAACGAAACUAUUGAUUCGAACGGGAAUAGAAAUCCACAAGUUCUGAAAAACGAUGCUGAAAAUGUAAAUGCUGAACGUUUAUCACAAACUAGACAGCAGCUUCGUAAUUACAAAACUUGGCGCAGGAGUACAGAUUUUCAAAAUGAAUAAAAGCAUCACAAGGUCUAUAAAGUUCUCGAUGGAGGAUGGAUUGGCAUUCGUAAAAUAAUUAUGCUGGUAUAUAUAUUUUGAAUAUGUAUAAAGUGCUUUGUAGUGAGAGUUAUUAAACGCAAAUGAUAUUAAAGAUAAAA